UUUUGUUUUUUUGACCUUCCUAUUUCAUUAUGCUGGACUAGUUUGAGGAAAUGGAGAAGCUCACUUCAGGUUGGUGAGACAGCAUUAAAUCUGUUCCCGAGUCUAAUAUUUUGCCACCGGAAUCAUACCUGGCAAUGGUGUGGUUCCUUGAUGUGACACCAUUCCGUUAAUCGAUCUUGGAGGAGAUCUUCUCACUAAUUGUGAUCGAUUUAAAGUCAUUCAUCAAAUCGUGAAGGCUAGUCAAGAACAUGGAUUCUUUCAGGUUUUGAUCUUUACUCCUUUCCUUUUUUCUUUGCUUCACCUGAAUUACAUGUUUAGAACUUUACAUGCACCAAGAUUACAAGAACAGUUUCUUAAUUUGAGUCCAUGAUAAAACAGAAAAUCCUAAUAGUACAUAUAGUUUUUCUGACAAAUGAUAUACUUUCGAACUAAAAAAAUGAAAAUACGGUUGAUUAAUCAUGGGAUCUCGGAGAAGAUAAUGCAUGAUGUCUCAGAGGUGGUGAAUGAGUUCUUUCAACUGCCUGCCAACGAAAAAGAAAGGUUCUGCUCUAAUGACCCGAAACAAAGUUGCAGACUAUCCACAAGCAUCGACUAUUUUCAGGAAAAGAUACAAUACUGGAGAGACAACUUGCGACACCAAUGCCAUCCUCUUGAGGAACACUUUCAGUGUUGGGCUGAAAAACCUUCGCAAUAGCGAGAAGUGGCUGGGACGUAUUCGGUCGAGGUUAGGAAACUGAGCUUGUUGCUAUUGGAUCUAAUCUGCGAAGGGUUAGGACUUGAAAGUAGAUAUUUUAAUGGGAAUGGCCUAAGCCAAGUCCAAUUGAUGAGCAUUAAUCACUAUCCACCAUCCUCAGAUCCGAGUUUAACCUUGGGAUUGCCUAAACAUAGUGAUGUUAAGUGUUAACCUCUUUACCAUUUUGCUCCAAGCUGGAGAAGUGCCAGGGCUUCAAGUCCUCGAGGACGGAAAAUGGCUUGCUGUUGAUCCUCUUCCUACUGCAUUUGUCAUCACCAUUGGCUAUGUGUUUCAGGUUAUAAGUAAUGGGAAGCUGAAGAGUGUCGAUCAAAGGGUGGUCACGAAUUCAAAGGUUGCACGAACAACGGUUGGCAUCUGCAUCUUUCCUUCUUCUGAUAGCCGUAUCGAACCCGCAAAAGAUCUGGUUGACAAGUGCCAUCCUCCACUCUAUAAAAGUUUCAUAUGCAAAGAUUUUAGUGACACAUAUAUCUCUGAGAUCAUCAAUGGAAUAACAACUGAGCGUUAUAAACUCCAUCUUUCUGAAUAAUUCACCUGGACAGGUUGAUCCCAACUUUCUGAAGCAAUAUAAGCUUAAAUUGCAAGACUCCUGUUGCUCUUGCUAUACUUUCACUUUCAAAAUUGAAUGACAAUGAUGUUUAUCAAUUGGAUGAAAUUUA